GGACUGGUCCGAGCCCUGGCUGGUGGGGCUGGCGGUUUUCCACAUCUUCUGCUUUCUCCUAACGUGCAUCUCCUUCCAGCACUACCGGGUGCAAAUUGGGCACUUCCUCAGCAUGGUGGGCUUAGUGUACUGUGCUGAAUAUAUAAAUGAAUUAGCAGCCAUGAAUUGGAGGCUGUUUUCUAAAUACCAAUACUUUGAUUCAAGAGGAAUGUUUAUUUCACUUGUAUUUUCAGCACCACUGUUGGUGAAUACUAUUAUAAUUGUGGUCACCUGGGUUUACAGAACUUUGAAUGUGAUGAGUGAACUGAAGACACUACAGCAGAGAAUGAAAGCAGAAAAAGAGAAAAACAAGUGAAAGCACCUAACACUAUUUUUUUUUGAUUGAAAUAAUACUUGUCCAAGUAAUCAGUCCUUCUGUAUGUUUAUCCAGAAACGGCAAUGUUUUUGUGUUGAUGUCAAGAGGACUUUGCAACCUGUGGCUGUGGACAGUGAGGUGAAACUGGGUAUCUACAACACACUUGAAUUGGCUGUGAAAUUGAGAAACCCAGUCUUAACAGGUCUUUGUGCCCUUCAAUGUAAGAUAGUUUUCCACCAUGACCAAGGCUAUUAGUACUGGUGAGACACAAUCUUCCAGUCUGUUUCCAUUUGCCUAUGUGCUUUUUAACUAUGUCAUAACUGUGUUUUUAUCAAGUAUCCAGUCUUCUGCUGCUUAAGCCAAUUGGAGCAGUGUUGUCAGUUCAAGUAAAUGAGGGAUUGUAUUCAGAAUACCUCAGGAAGCCAUGCUUCUAUGAAGCGUUUCACUUCUUUAUAAAUCAAGUUUUAUACUUCCUGUGUGUAUUGUGUGCCAGUAGCAUUUUAUAAAUAAAAUUAUCCACUGUAUCUUAAA